AUGGGUGCUAGAAUGCCACUUGAUUCUAAACAGGUGGUUUCUGAAACUGUCCGAAAUGGUCGCGUAGAAGGAACUGAAAAAUUAACAUAUCCUACAUCCGUUUAUCAAAAACGUAAUAUAAAUUUGUCUGAUAAUAUAAUUAGAAGUAACAGAACGUUAAUAACAAACAAAUCAUACAUAUUGCUCAUUAAACGUGAUGCAAAAGAUCGGCUCGCUUUUGGUCACGUACAGAGUGGCGAUAGUAGCGGGCAUAAAUUAGCAUUGUAUACGUUUUUACCUCGCCGACCAUGUAGAGGUAAAAUGUUUCUAGAAGAGUUGGUUAAGAAAUUUUGCGAUGACAUUGAAUUUGAUUAUCAAUCAAACGAAGAUUAUGCAGACGACAAUAAACGUCGUUCUAUUUCGGAAAUAAUUCGUUUUAGACGAACUUUAAUGAUCGAACCAAAUAAUAGUAUAAAUGUAAAGUACGCUAUUGCAAAAAUGUUAAGGGGUAUCAGAAUCAUUGUCGACUAG